AUGAAAUCAUCCAUUCUUAUCAAGGCCUUAGGUCUCCUCGCUGGUAGCACCAGUUGCUAUGCAACCAUGACAGUACCUAACAGUCUGCUACUGAGCUCCAUUGCGGAAUCGGUAUCCUUGCCGAUGUUCACCUGGUCGGCAAACGGAACUCAUACGGCCAAGGGAUAUACCUCCAGGCAGGCGAACGAAACAAGUGUCCAGGGCAUGAAAGAGGACUGCGAUAACAUCAAUCUUAAUAAGAAAAUUGCCGUUGACUUCCGCAGUGAUGUCUUCGGUCCCGGCGUUAUUGGCUUCUUUUACAAAUGUGAGAAGAUCCGCCCGGACACCAAUCUUUACUGGUUUACCAUUAGCUCUGGAAAUGGCUCCCAGAUCGAUCAGCUAUGCGAUACCAACUCGAAGUAUCCGAUUGUCUAUGAUUCACAGCACAACACUUGGUUUAUCGAUGAGCCAUUCGACUGCACUCAGCGGACCUCUCCAGCAAACAUUUCUUGA